GAAGUCAUUCAGCCGGUCUGAAUGUUUUCUUUAUUUGGUUCAAGACUAGGUCUAUCUAUUUCCUGUAGCCGAUUUAAAGUGUCCUCUGCAAUCAUGGUCAAGUACUUACAGCAAGAUGAAGCUGUCAACAUUGAUUUGGAAUUGUUUAACGAAUACAAGUUUAGUGUCGACCAGCUGAUGGAGCUGGCUGGAUUGAGCUGUGCCACCGCAAUAGCCAAAUGUUAUAGACCUGACCAAGCAAAAGGCUCUGUGCUUGUUUGUUGUGGGCCUGGAAAUAACGGUGGUGAUGGACUGGUGUGUGCUCGGCAUUUGAAGCUGUUUGGAUUCUCCCCUUCAGUGUACUAUCCAAAGCGGACCGAUAAACCCCUCUAUGAAAAUCUGCUUCACCAGUGUUUGGCUAUGGACAUUCCUGUGAUAGAGAAUGCUCCAACAGCAGAUUUAUUGAAUUCCUCCUACAACUUAAUUGUAGAUGCAUUGUUUGGCUUCAGCUUCAAACCCCCUGUGCGUCCUCUUUUCGUUCCUAUUCUAGAAGCACUAAGGAAUACCGAAAGCCCCAUUUGUAGCAUUGAUAUUCCUAGUGGCUGGGAUGUUGAAAAGGGCUGCCCGGAGAGCGGUGGAAUUCAGCCUGAAAUGCUUAUAUCACUGACUGCGCCAAAACAAUGUGCAUUGUUUUUCAAAGGAAAGCACCACUUUUUGGGAGGCAGAUUUGUUCCACCUUCCCUCGCACAAAAGUACCAAUUAAAUCUUCCUGAUUACCCUGGUACUGAUUGUUGUGUGAAAUUAACUAAAUAAAUUGUAUUUAAGAAACCUAUUUUGUGCAGGGACCCUCUCUGAAAAGAUGAUAAAUUGUGUAAAUUUAUUGUAAUAAUCAAAAGUUAAUUUUUUAUUAUAGAUUUGUCCUUGUCUUGGUUCAUUUUUUUUCCUAUUUCAUAUUGUUUGCACAGUUGUAAGUUAGAGCUCUUGAUAAAUCAGUUUUUUUCCCUUCAACUUUAGUUAAGAAGUAUUUCAGCUACUGUUGAAUUGGAUAAAUGAUUGUCUAUCCAAAACAGCCUGGAUGGUUGGAUCUGAAGAAGAGCAUAACAGGCACACUGUAUUUUUUUGUACAUCAAAAUUUAGAAUAAAUAACAAUUUUUAAAUUAA